CCAGCCAGCUAGGGACGGUGAAGUCAGACCUGAUGCUCGCAACUCGGCUGGUCGUUUGAAUGCGAAUUUGAGCCACGUGAAUCAUCAUUACGCGCGUCUACGAAAAACCUAGUCAAUUGAGAUACCACCGAAGCCAAGAAGAAAAUGGGUGUGUUGGGCCAGAUUCCGUUGCUCAUAGGGGUGAUCCUGUUUUUGAGGCCGGCCCUUGCCAACGACAACCUAAGGGUGGCCUAUCAAUGGAGCCAGAUUGACUUUGAAUUCCCGUCCGAGGCGGCACGAUCAAGUGCCAUUGCCUCCGGGGAUUACAUUGCGGAAAAUGUGAUUCCGGUCGGACUGGAAGUGUACAAGAGGCGCCUGUUUCUGACGCUGCCACGCUGGAAAGCUGGAAUUCCCGCCUCGCUCGCUUACAUCAACAUCAACGGUGAGUUUACGAGUUGCAUUACUUUGGUGGUUUUUACUUCUCUACCUGUUCGUUUGUUUGACGAAUAGUGAUCUCAUCGUAUA